AUGUUGGCGCGCGUUGCAGAUGCAUGCCGGGCCAAUGACCGUGUCUUCCUCAUCCACCACAUGCGUAAUCUUUUGGCAUUGGCAAGAGUACUUGUCACUUUAUUUGCCCUCUGUCUGAUAUGCCACACUCGAGCGGAAGAUAGCGAUCAAGUGUUGUUCGCACAGGAUCUCCACUGGGAGCUUGACGUGAAGCAAGAAAGUCUUGGUGCCCCACACGCACUUGGUGUGACCCAUCCAGUUCCACCGGGUAGGGGCCAUGGAACGGACCCGUGGAACCUUUCAUCCUUCACAAACACAACCUUCCACGAAACCUAUCAUCCUUUGUUUGAAAUCGAUGAGUACUUGGAACAUCUUGCAGCACUCUAUCCGGAAAAUGUCACUAUCCAUGAACUGGGCCAUUCUGCAGAAGGGAGGGAGAUGUAUGCCAUGCGGAUUACAGGCGGUAAUGUCCUAAAUGAAGACGGACAAACGCGUGUUAAGAGGGGAUUCGUAAUUUCUGGAGCACAGCAUGCAAGAGAGUGGGUCGCUUCAGCAUCAGCUCUCUACAUCGCACACGCCCUCCUCGCUGAUUCAUCCGAAACCAACACACUUACGCAUUUACUAACUGACUUUGACUUCUACAUCAUUCCCGUACCGAAUCCCGAUGGCUACGUGUACACAUGGGAGAGCGACAGACUAUGGUACAAGAACAGAAUGCUGCUUGGACCGAAUGAGCCGUGCCAAGGUUUGGAUAUGAAUAGGUACUGGGGAUAUCAUUGGUCACCGUCAGAAUUCCCAACCCUCACCUCAUCUCCGCUCGAGGAUUUCGACACCCUCGAACCGGAUGAAGCCGAGGCUCUUAGAAAAAAGAAGGGAAAGAAACCAAAGAAACCAAAGAAGCCCAGACCCUCCCGACCUCCUCCUGCGGACCCUUGCUCGCACUGGUUCCCCGGACGUCGACCCUUCGAGGCUCCCGAGGUGAAUAACAUCGCGAAUUAUGUUAUGCAGCUUCCCGAGCUGGUUGCAUUUAUGGAUUUAAGGAGUUACGGACAAAUGCUAAGCUGGCCGUACUCGUAUUCGUGCGACAUGCUCCCUGCAGACGCGGAAAAUUUGUACGAGGCUGCGUUAGGUGCAGCGGCCGCGAUUAGGAAGAAGCAUGGGACGGCGUACACCACCGGGAGCUUAUGCUCGAUGCUCUAUUCUGCUCCAGGCAACAUUCUCGACUGGAUGUAUGCCUCUGCAGGAGUUAAAUACUCGUAUGCUGUCCACCUAAGGGAUACUGGCACGUACGGGUACUCGUUACCACGUGAAUGGAUCCGACCAGUUGGAGAAGAGACAGGAACGAUAGUCGACUAUAUCAUAGGAUUCAUCACCAGCUCACCAAAAUGAAUUGAUUCUAAUAUGCAAUGCAUAUCUCUUGAAAAUAUUCACGUUUAAACUAUUUUUGCUUUCACUCUGCAUAGGAGUUCUCAUCCUUUUUCUUUCUUCUUGGGGUUGUGUUGGAAGGAUGGUGUGCUUUCCUUUCGCUUUUCCUGCAAAUGUAUACUAGUAUGCAGUUUGAUCCUUUCGCUUGGUGCAUUUACGCCAUGUAUAUCCUGAAUCUAUGUCAAAUCUCC